UCGUGGAACCCGGAAGUGUCCCGGCGGGCGUGGAGAGCGCAGCCCCUUUGACCCUCGGCGGCCCCUUUCUGUUGGGCUGACCCUGAAAAUGAGGGUCCCGACGGCGGGUGGCCCGGAGCUGCGCGGUUUGUGAGGCGCCUGGGAAGAGCGGCUUUUGACCGUGGAGGCUUGAUGCGAAAACGGACUCGGCGGGCAGAAGAAGAGCCGGAGGCUGCUUGGGCAGAGACUUAACUCGGGAGACAGAUGUGAAGACGCCAAGCAGGAACACGCAUCUGGACGCGUGUCAGGCUCGAAGGCAGCGGAGUGGGGGGAGGUUCAGCGGGAAAGAAGUGGGGGGGUCUCACCCCCCGGAGGUACGAAGCUGCAGCCUCUUGGACCUUCUCCGGGGAGGGGGCGACGCCGAAUUUCGGGGUCCGCGUGGAAAGCCCGUCCUUGAAAGGGUCUUGUGAAUAAAGGCACAAUGCUGGAAUCCUAUGUAACUCCUAUUCUAAUGAGUUAUGUGAAUCGUUACAUCAAGAAUUUGAAGCCCUCUGAUUUACAGUUGUCACUCUGGGGAGGAGAUGUAGUUCUCAGCAAACUUGAGCUAAAACUUGAUGUUCUUGAACAGGAGCUGAAAUUGCCAUUUACCUUUUUAAGUGGACACAUUCACGAAUUGCGUAUUCAUGUACCAUGGACAAAACUUGGUUCAGAACCAGUCGUGAUUACGAUCAAUACAAUGGAAUGCAUCUUGAAGUUAAAGGAUGGACUCCAGGAUGACCAUGAAAGUUGUGGUUCCAGUUCAACAAAUCGUAGUACUACAGAAGGUUCAAAAACGACAGUGAAACCAAGAAAAAUUCAACAGACUUCUCCUGACCCUGAUUUGCCACCAGGUUAUGUACAAAGUUUGAUUUGGCGGGUUAUAAACAACGUCAACAUCGUCAUUAAUAAUCUCAUACUCAAAUAUGUGGAGGACGAUAUUGUUCUUUCUGUUAAUAUUACUUCUGCAGAAUGUUACACAGUAGAUGAAUUUUGGGAUCGAGCCUUUAUGGAUAUAUCAGCAACUGACUUGGUACUAAGGAAAGUGAUAAACUUUUCUGAUUGUACAGUUUGCCUAGACAAGAGGAAUGCUAGUGGCAAAAUUGAAUUUUAUCAAGAUCCUCUGCUAUACAAGUGUUCGUUUAGAACUCGCUUGCACUUCACUUAUGAUAAUCUUAAUUCGAAGAUGCCAUCCAUUAUUAAAGUUCAUACUUUAGUUGAAAGUCUGAAGCUUUCUAUUACUGAUCAACAGCUUCCUAUGUUUAUCCGUAUAAUGCAGCUUGUAAUUUCACUGUACUAUGGAGAAAUUGGUAACUUUAAAGAUGGAGAAAGUGAAGACCCUGUUUGUCACACCAAGGAUAUCUUGGGUAAUAUCUCAGGUGCAGAAGACGAAAUAGGCAAAGACAUUUCUCCAGAAUUUUACAUUCCACAAGAUGAUGAUCAACAGCAAGGAUGGGUAUCGUGGGCCUGGUCGUUUGUACCAGCUAUUGUGAGCACUGAUAAUGAAGACACAGAUGAUAUUGGAAUGGAUGACGGAAUGAUGAACCAACAGAAAAGUCCAAUCAUUAAGGAUCCCAUUGUUUCCAUAGGAUUUUAUUGCACAAAGGCAACAAUCACUUUCAAACUUACUGAAAUGCAAGCUGAAAGUAGUUAUUACAGUCCACAGAAAGUAAAAUCCAAAGAAAUAAUUUGCUGGCAACAAGAAGGAACUACAAUUGAGGCCCUUAUGAGAGGAGAACCUUUCUUUAAUUGCCAGAUAGGAUUUGUUGGUUGCCAAGCUUUUUGCCUUAAAGGAAUUAUGGGAGUUAAAGAUUUUGAAGAGAACAAGAAUAGAAGUGAAUCAGAAGCAUGCUUUUUCCACUGUGGAGAAAAUCUCAGUACAAAAGGAAUGACAUAUCUUACCAAUUCACUAUUUGAUUAUAGAAGUCCUGAAAACAAUGGUGUCCGUGCAGAAUUCAUUUUGGAUGCAGCUGCUCAUAAGGAGAUGUACACAGAGAUAACAGGAAUGCAGAGGUUUGGGGCUUUCUACAUGGAUUAUCUGUACACAAUGGAGAGCACCAGUGGCAAAGGGUCUGGAAAUCAGCCAGAUGUAACUUCUGUGAAGAUUGAAGACUUCAGUGGUGUUCAGGAGAUGUCUACAAAAAGUCUAAUUAUAGGACCUCUCAGUCUUCGACUUGAUAGCAGUGCAGUGCACAGAAUUAUAAAAAUGAUUGUUUGUUCUCUGGAACAUGAAUAUGAACCUUAUAGCAAGUCUAAAUUAGAUUUUAUAGAAGGAGCCAAAGUUUUGCCAAGCACAGAAGAAGCUGCUGCCUUAGAGGAAUAUAUUCCAACUCGGAUCACAACCUUUACCAUUUUGAAAUGCACUGUCACUAUUCCUAUGGCUGAAUUCAACUUGCUUGCCCAUUUAUUGCCUGUCAUCAUGGGUCAAAAGAGUUCAAGCAGCUUCUUAACUACAACGAAUCUUCAGUUGCUACGGCCUCUGCCUUGCAUCCGAAUAUUGGUAGAUAAAAUGAUCUUGGAACAUUCAGUGCCAAUGAAUGCUGAUCAACUUGUGCAAUAUGUUAGCAGCCUUAAUCAACCAUCUGAUAAUUUACUUCACUAUUGCUAUAUGCACUGUUAUCUUAAGAUAUUUGGUUUUCAGGCGGGAUUGACAUCAUUGGAUAUUAAUGGAUCUUAUAGUUUACCAACUUCAGUAAUUCCUUCCUUCAGCACAGCUGUAUAUGGCAAAAUGCUUAAGCUACCUAAAUACUGGUCUAAGCGAUCUAAUACUGCAGUGAACGAAUUUAUAUUUGAACUUCCAACUUUGACAAUUCAGGCAACGAGAGCUCAGAAUUUUCUAAUGCAAACUAUUUGGCAGAGUUGGGUUUAUACUGGAAAUUCCAGUUCAUCAUUAGUGAAUGAAAGUUUAAUGAAUGAAGUCUUCCAAAUAUCAGGUGUGAAAACUAAGAAUCCUCAGCCGAGUCUUGAGGGUUCAAUCCAAAAUGUUGAAUUGAAGUACUGUAGCACAUUGCUGGUCAAAUGUGCCUCUGGAACCAUCGGAUCAAUAAAAAUUUGUGCCAAAGCCCCAGGUGAUGGCGGAAAGGAGAAGCGUAUCCCUUUAAUACAAGGUCCAUCCGAUACCAGAGAUCUACACAACAGCAAAUGGCUCAAGGAAAGCAGAAAGCCAGAAUCACUCUUUGCUCCAGAUUGGUUAGCUUUCACCAUUCAGAUCCCUCAGUGUAAGGAUUACAGCUUCAGUUCUGGAGCAGUGCUUUUGGCCAGCAUGCAGGGAUUAACAGUUAAUAUUGAUCCAGUUUUAUAUACUUGGCUCAUGUACCAACCUCAGAAACGGAGCAGCAGAUUGAUGCAGCAGGCCGCAUCUGUUUCUCUUGGGACACCCGUUACAAGGAAAAAAGAUGAUGACAUGUCAGUUGGGAGCACACCAUUGAUUAAGCAUCAGUCCAAUCAGGCUUCUGAAUAUGCCAGUAGCCCUAUAAAAACAAAAACUGUAACAGAAUCACGACCAUUAUCAGUACCCGUGAAAGCCAUGCUUAGUUCAGCUGAAAUGUGCAGCAAAAGUCCUGAAGAAAGAAUGAAAGAAUUUAUUAGUGUGGUAUGGAAUGCAGUUAAGUGCCUUACCCUUCAGAUGGAAGUGCAGUCAUGUUGCGUGUUCAUUCCCAAUGACAGCCUGCCAUCUCCCAGUACCAUCGUGUCUGGUGAUAUUCCUGGCACUGUCCGUAGUUGGUAUCAUGGGCAGACUAGCAUGCCUGGAACUCUUGUCAUUUGCUUACCCCUUCUAAAGAUUAUGAGUGCAGGGCACAAGUACAUGGAACCCCUCCAAGAGAUUCCCUUUGUUGUGCCAAGACCAAUACUUGAAGAAGGAGACGCUUUUCCUUGGACAAUCAGUCUGAAUUAUUUCAGCAUCUAUACGAUUCUCGGGCAGCAGUUGACUCUUAAUAUCAUAGAAACUGUUGGCUGCACUUCUACUCUGGCAGUUACUUCACAAGUGUUGCCCGCUGCAGGAUCAGAAUCCAGGCACUCAUUCGUUGUUUGUCUUCAUGUUGACCUUGAAUCACUUGAAGUAAAAUGCUCAAAUCCUCAGGUGCAACUGCUAUAUGAACUAACAGAUUUAAUGGAGAAAGUUUGGAAUAAGAUUCAUAAGAAGGGAAUUUUCCAUCAGUCUCUGGCACAUACAGAAUCUGUUUCAGGACCUGUACCACCUGUUUCACCUGUUAAAAGUAGUAUUGGGACUGCUCCACUGGAUGCCAGUACAUGUAGUCCAUCAGCUGACAUUGGGACAACUACAGAGGGUGAAUCCCUCCAAGGUGGUGAUGAUUCUCCAUUCUCAGACUCUGUUACCUUAGAGCAAACAACAAGCAAUAUUGGCAUCUCAAGCGGACGUGUGAGUUUAUGGAUGCAGUGGAUGUUGCCGAAGCUUACUGUAAAGUUAUUUGCACCAGAUCCAGAAAACAAAGGCACAGAGAUAUGUGUGGUUGGUGAGUUAGAAGAUCUCAGUGCCUCAGUAGAUGUACAAGAUGUCUACACUAAAGUAAAGUGUAAAAUAGAAAGUUUCAACAUUGACCACUACAGAAAUAGCUUUGGGGAAGAUUCUUGGUCUCUGGGGAAAUGUGGAGGUGUCUUCCUUUCCUGUACUGACAAGCUGAACAGACGUACAUUACUGGUUCGACCGGUCAGCAAGCAGGAUCCUUUCAGUAACUUCUCUGGCUUCUUUCCUUCUGCAACUGCAAAACUUUUGGAUGGCUCUCAUCAACAGCAUGGAUUUCUCUCUUUAACUUACACGAAAGCAGUCACAAAAAAUGUCCGUCACAAAUUGAUCUCAAGAAAUGAACGAAGAACUUUACAGAAAUUAUCUGAAAGUUUUACAGAUAGUUCUCCUCAUUUUCUUCAUGAGAUUCUUCUUUCAGCUCAGGCAUUUGAUGUUGUUUUAUGUUUUCCUUUCCUCAAUGCAAUUGCAAGUAUUUUUCAAACAAAUCUUCCAAAGAGUCAAAAAGAGAAAAUAAAAUCUCCAGGCCAGCCUAUGAGGUCCCAUAUUCUCACAUCUCGCAACUUGCCACUUAUUUAUGUCAAUACUGGAGUAAUCAGAAUCUUCUUCCCCAAAAUGGAAGAAGGACCAUGUAACACAGAAGAUAAGACAAACACGGAAGAUACUUUGGUACUGAAAAUUGGUUCUGUAUCAAUGGCUCCUCAGGCUGACAAUCCUCUUAGUAGAGUUGUGUUGAGGAAAGACAUUUAUCAGAGAGCACUGAAUUUGGGAGUUCUUCGAGAUCCUGGUUCAGAGGUUGAAGACAGACAGUACCAAAUAGACCUCCAGUCCAUCAACAUUGGUACUGCUCAGUGGGAACAGCUAAAGCCAGAGAAGGAAAAUGGUAAAAGCAGGGCUGUGCCAGAGAAUGAAAGGAAUUCUCAGAAUCCAGCACUUGAAUGGAAUAUGGCCAGUAGCAUAAAACACCAUCAAGAACGAAGAGCUAUUUUAACACCAAUUUUAACAGACUUUACUGUACGGGUAACUGCAGCUCCUGCCAUCAUUUUCACAAAAGUAAUUUCUCCAGAGAAUUUACACACAGAGGAAAUUUUAGUAUGUGGCCAUUCUUUGGAAGUGAAUAUGACAACAGGUCUGGAUUUCUUCCUCAGUGUUGCUCAAUUACAGCUCCUACAACAAUUAAUGCAGGAUAAUAUGUCUGGAUUGGAGCCUUCCAAUAAAGCUGCAGAGGUUUUCAAACAGGAACAGAAGAAGAUGGAUACAGCUGAUGGGGGUACAGCUGAAACAUCUUCACGUUAUAGUGGAGCCCAGGACAGUGGCAUUGGCAGUGACAGUGUUAAAAUCAGAAUAGUCCAAAUAGAACAACAUAGCGGCACCAGCCAACAUCGCAUUGCCCAACCUUCCCGACAGUCUUCUAUAGUGAAGAACCUGAACUUUAUUCCAUUUGACAUUUUUAUUACUGCCAGCCGAUUCUCCUUCAUGACUUAUUCAUGUACUACUUUACUUAAAUCAAAAUCACAGGAAGAUCAAAAAGAGGGUGAAAAAACCAUCAAAAGUUCAUUAAACCUUCCAGAAGCAGUUGAUGAGUGCAAGAAAUCUGACAAAGCAGGUUUUUCAUCAGUAACAGCAGAUGAUCUUCUAAAUUGCAACAGUUCAUUGCCCUCUGGGAAAAAAUCAGGUCUUAUAUCUUUGGAAAGUCUUCAUGCUUCUACAAGAUCAUCUGCUAGACAAGCCUUGGGAGUAACUAUUGUCCGGCAGCCUGGUCGCAGAGGAACUGGAGACUUGCAGUUAGAGCCAUUUUUGCACCUGGUUGUAUCGCAACCAUCUUUUAUCUUAAGCUGUCAUCAUAGAAAACAAAGAGUGGAAAUAUCUGUGUUUGAUGCUGUCCUCAAAGGUGUCGCAUCAGAUUACAAGUGUACAGAUCCUGGAAAAACUCUCCCAGAGACACUUGACUACUGUAAGACCUGGUUACAGACAGUAGCAGGGGAAAUAGAUGCUAAAAGUGGUAUUCCACCUCCUCUCAUAACAUUGAAGAUUAAAGACUUCCUCAAUGGCCCAGCCAACAUAAAUGUGGAUAUAUCAAAGCCUCUGAAAGCCAAUAUCAGUUUUGCCAAGCUAGAUCAAAUAAAACAAUUUCUGAAAAAGCUAAGGCAAAAGAAUGGUUAUGAGACCCAGGAGGAAAAUGUUUCAGCAACUGAUAGUGUUCCAAACAAGGAUGACACAUAUACAUCCCAGUGUUGCAAAAAUAAGAUUUCCAACUCUGAAGAUCAUAGUUAUGGAGGGGAAAAAGCUUCACCACAAGAAAAUCUAUGGAUGAGCAUUUCCUGUUGUCAGCAAUUUUCUAUCCAUACUACUCAGAUUAUGGUUUCUGUGGAAACUUGCCCAAAUCCCUAUAAACCUCGCCUGUUGGUAUCUUUAUCCAACCUCAGUGGAAAUUUAAAUGUCAAAGUCAACUGUAAGAAUAAAGGUAUAAUUAAUAAAUCAUCACUUACCCUUGACAUCAAUGAUUUCCUUGUCAAGACAAGUCUUCAGGAGAAAAGCAGGACUCUGGUUGGACCUAUGUGCGGUUCUGUCACCAUAGAAGCCAAAUGGUGUAAACAUAGCGGGAAUCCUGGUCCCGAACUGGUUACUCCAAAAGUCUGUAUUGAUAUAAGAGGCGGACUGAUUCAGGUUUUUUGGGGACAGGAACAUUUGAACUGCUUAGUUCUUCUUAAUGAACUUCUGCAAACUUACCUUGUUCAAGAAGACAAGAUACAAGGACAAAUGACCAGUCAGAUAUAUCCAGUACAAUUUUCAAUGGAGAAGAACCAGAUUUCUAAAACAGAACAUACUUCAGAUGAUCUACGAACAGGCUUAUUCCAGUAUAUACAAGAUACAGAUACACAAAAACUACCAGGUGCCUAUGAAGUUGUGUUUUACAAUGAAACCGAGGAUGAUCCAGGAAUGAUGUUAUGGAGAUAUCCAGAGCCCAGAGUACUCACCCUUGUGAGAAUCACCCCAGUUCCUUUUAACACCACUGAAGAUCCAGAUAUUAGCACUGCAGAUCUUGGAGAUGUACUUCAGAUCCCCUGCAGUUUGGAAUACUGGGAUGAGCUCCAGAAGUCAUUUGUUGCUUUCAGAGAGUUCAGCUUAUCGGAAAGCAAAGUUUGUGAGUUGACCCUGCCAAAUAUCAACUUAAUAACUGAUCCAAAAGAGUUUAUAGCUUCAGAUCUUUGGAGAAUUGUUCUGAACAGCAACCAGAAUUCAGGGGAUGACCAAAGUUCAGAAAGCGAAUCAGGUUCCCAGAGUGCAUCUGAUCAGUUUGUGACUCCUACUGCCCUAGCAGCCUGUACGAGGGUAGAUUCAUGCUUCACUCCCUGGUACGUGCCUGCCCUGGGGGUUUCAGUUCAGUUUGGUCAUGCCGAACUUCAUCUUUGUCACCAUCUGGAUCAGCUGGGCAGAGAGCCACCAAAGUUUCUACAUCCAUUUAUCUCUGAUAAAAAUGUGCCAUCUGAAUUACAAUAUUCAAUCAUCUCUUUUGAAGAACCUCAUACCUAUUUCAGGCAAUGGAGUGAUGGAUCCGUCUUCAGAGACAUGCAGUUAUCCACUAGAAUUGAUUGUAAACUUUUGGAAUGUAGAAAUCUAACUAAGCAAACUGUUGCAAAACCAUUUGGUGUAUUGGGGCAGCUUUCUGUUUCUGGAAAUUCCAUGGAAAAGAUUUUGGAUGGAAGUAUGGUAAUGGAUCCUGUAUUCAUCAGCUUUGGCCAACAUACCAUCCACUCUCUGCAUAAAACCCUUCAGGCUUGGCAACAGAAUCAAUGUCCUGAGGCAGAACAGCUAGUCUUUAGCCACUUUGUAAUCUGUAAUGACACACAGGAGACGCUGCGGUUUGGCCAGGUAGACACAGAUGAAAAUGUUUUGCUGGAGAGUCUUCAUAGUCACCAGUAUAGCUGGCGCUCUCACAAGUCCCCACAGCUGCUACAUAUUUGUAUUGAAGGUUGGGGAAACUGGCGGUGGUCUGAGCCAUUUAGUGUAGAUAAUGCAGGAACAUUUAUCAGAACUAUUCAGUAUAAGGGAAGGACAGCUUCGCUUAUUAUCAAGAUUCAGCAGCUCAGUGGAAUACAAAAACAAAUAAUUAUUUGUGGAAGACAAAUUGUAUGUAGUUAUCUAUCUGAAAGCAUUGAAUUGAAAGUUGUUCAACAUUAUAUUGGGCAUGAUGGACAAGCUGUUGUAAAAGAACAUUUUGAUUGCCUUGAACCCAAGCAAAAACUACCAUCAUAUGUUCUAGAAAAUAAUGAGUUGACAGAAUUGAGUGUAAAAGCUAAAGGGGACGAAGAUUGGUCAAGAGAUGUAUCACUUGAGUCACAGCUGACAGAAUAUAGCACAGUCAUCCAGGUGCCAUCAUCAAAUAGUUCUAUUAUUUAUGUAUGGUGCAUGGUUUUGACAUUAGAGGCCCAGUCACAAGUCCAACAAAGAAUUAUUGUUUUCAGCCCUCUUUUUAUCAUAAGGAGCCAUCUUCCAGAUCCCAUCAUCAUACAUUUACAGAAAAGAAACCUGGGUCUGAGUGAAAUGCAGAUAAUUCCUGGAAAAGGACAAGAAAAAACUCUGCAAAAUAUAGAACCAGAUCUAAUCCAUCACUUAACCUUCCAAGCCAGGGAAGAAGAUAAUCCCUCAGAAUGUGCAGUGCCUAUUUCAACAGCACUUAUUAAACAGAUAGCCACCAAAUCGAAUACAAAUGGCACCAUACAUGAAAUACUUAACGAUUUUUAUGGGUGCAGCAGCUCGCCUCAAUCUAUCUGGCCUUACACAAAGAAGGAUUUUGCCAGCAGUGAACAGCUCACUCAGUGGGAUAGCCCCAUGCGCGUGAAGCUGUCGGUGUGGAAGCCAUGUGUGAAAACGCUGCUGAUAGAACUCCUGCCAUGGGCUCUGCUGAUCAAUCAGUCCAAGUGGGAUCUUUGGCUAUUUGAAGGAGAAAGGAUUGUUCUGCAGAUUCCCACUGGGAAAACAAUGAUACCACCAAACUUCCAGGAAGCUUUUCAAAUUGGAAUAUAUUGGGCAAACAGUAAUACUGUGCACAAGUCAGUCGCUAUUAAGCUGGUUCACAACAUGACAUCUCCAAAAUGGAAGGAUGGUGACAAUGAGGAGGUGGUAACAUUGGAUGAAGAAGGGUUUGUGGAAGCAGAAAUCAGACUUGGAGCUUUUCCAGGUCAUCAAAAGUUGUGUCAGUUCUGCAUUUCUUCCAUUGUUCGACGUGGUAUUCAAAUUCUGCAGAUUGAAGACAAGAGUAUAAUUGUGAAUAACACCCCAUUCCAAAUCAGUUGCUGGCCGCUGUUCUCUGCUAUGAAUUCCCAGAUCAGGGAAGAGUUUUUACCAUCUCCAGACAGCAGAAUAUUUAGUGUUGGUUCUGCUACAGAGUCAGAUGCUGCUGAAGCUUGUUCUGUGCUUUACUGGGACUUGAUGCCUGACAUGAGCCAAUUAAUUUCUGAGGAGCUUCCCAUUCAGAAGUAUAUGUUGCUAAGCUUCAAACACAACACAAAUGGUCCUGACACUCCAUGCUGGAGCUUACCAGCUGUCAUUAGACAGGAAUUCCCAAGGCAGAGCAUAGCUGUACCUGUCGGUAAUAGAGAUGAAAAGGGAUUCCAUACCAGAGCUAUAGCACUGACUUACCAGGAACAUCUUGGGGUGACAUAUUUAACUCUAUCAGAAGAUCCUAGCCCUCGCAUAAUUAUCCACAACAGGUGCCCUGUCUCACUGCUUUUGAAAGAAAACAUCAAAGACACACCAAAGUUUGCUAUUUACUGCAAGCAUAUUCCAGCUGAAAGUGCAGUACACCACGAACUUUAUCAUCAGAUUGCCAGCUAUCCAGAUUGCAAAACCAGAGAAUUGGUCCCUAGCAUUCUUUUAAAAGUUGUAUCAUCGGAGGAACAGGCAAAUGAAUGGAGUGAUUCUGUUGACAUUAAUAACCAAGGAACGCAGAUUGUAUUUUUAACUGGGUUUGGCUACCUUUAUGUGGAUAUUGCUCAUCAAUGCGGAACAGUAAUAAUCACUUUAGCACCUGAAGGAAAGCCAGGACACCAAGACAGUUUGAUCAGAAGCCAGGAGCAAAGCCUUGUGUUUAAGUUGUUUAUUAACCAGCUGAGCCUCACAGUAUAUGAUGACAUCACAAAUCCUAAAGUAUCAUCAGAACUUCUGAGAUUCACAAUAGACUACAUUUAUCUAAAUAUGGUUCCAGUUGCUAGCUACCUUAGACCUCUCUUUCACAAAUUUCAAGAAGAGACCACCAGUGGCCUUCAGCAGUUUUAUACCCUCCAGAUCUACUGUGGAGACUUUCAGCUGGACAAUCAGCUUUACAACAAGUCCAAUUUUCAUUUUCCAGUGGUGUUGUGCCAGGGAGAAAAAAAUGAAAACGUUCAGUGGGCUAAAGUCCAUAACCUUACACUUUCCAGUAAAGACCUGGAAGAAUGUAACCAGAAUGCAUUUGUAAAACUUUGCAUCACUUUGUCAAAAGAGCAGAAUUUAUUAUUUCAUGCAAAUGACCUCAAUUUUGAAUUGAAACCAGCCAGGCUGUAUGUGGAAGACACCUUUGUGUAUUACAUUAAGACUUUAUUUGAGACCUAUCUUCCAGACAGCAAAAGCGUUUGUCGUUCUGCAAAAGCAUUAACUGUUAGCCAGGCACUGCCAGAACAGGUGAGGCAACACACGAACGCUUUAGUCAAUCCAGUGAAGUUAAGGAAGCUGGCCAUCCAGCCAGUAAACCUCUUGGUGAGCAUCCAUGCUUCGCUGAAGAUCUAUAUUGCUUCGGAUCACACUCCUCUCUCCUUUUCUGUGUUCGAACGAGGACCCCUUUUUACAACUGCCAGGCAACUUAUUCAUGCCCUAGCCAUGCAUUAUGCUGCAGGAGCAUUAUUUCGAGCAGGAUGGGUUGUUGGAUCUCUGGAAAUUCUCGGCAGCCCAGCCAGUUUGGUGAGAAGCGUUGGGAAUGGGAUUGCAGACUUCUUCAGGCUUCCUUAUGAAGGCCUCACCCGUGGUCCAGGAGCCUUUGUUAGUGGGGUUUCCAGAGGAACCACAUCAUUUGUAAAGCACAUAUCCAAAGGUACACUAACAUCCAUUACCAACCUAGCAACAAGCCUGGCACGAAAUAUGGAUAGGCUUUCCUUGGACGAGGAGCAUUACAAUCGGCAAGAAGAAUGGAGAAGGCAGCUGCCAGAAAAUCUGGGAGAAGGACUAAGACAAGGCCUUUCCCGGUUGGGCAUCAGCCUUCUGGGUGCAAUUGCUGGGAUUGUAGAUCAGCCAAUGCAGAACUUCCAGAAAACAUCGGAAGCCCAGGCUUCAGCGGGACUCAAAGCCAAAGGCGUGAUCUCUGGUGUGGGGAAAGGAAUCAUGGGAGUUUUUGCUAAGCCUAUUGGAGGAGCAGCUGAGUUAGUCUCCCAGACUGGCUAUGGUAUUUUGCAUGGAGCUGGACUUUCCCAGCACCCUAAACAGCGAUGUCCUCCGAGCGAUCAACAUGCUGAACAGGCACCAAACAGCCACGUCAAAUAUGUCUGGAAAAUGCUUCAGUCACUGGGGAGACCAGAGGUCCACAUGGCCCUGGAUGUGAUAAUUGUGAGUGGAUCAGGCCAAGAACACGAAGGAUGUUUACUCCUUACUUCAGAAGUGCUGUUUGUGGUUAGCAUUGAUGAAGACACACAGCAACAGGCAUUCCCAGUGACAGAAAUUGAGUGCCUGCUAGACCGUAAACAAAGCAAUAUGUUGAAGGUGCAGCUCAAACAGCAGAGAGUGUCUUGUGAUCUAGAGGCUGAUGGAAACAGAGAGAGACUGUCCGAACAGCAGUACAACAGACUUGUUGACUACAUUACAAAAGCAUCCUAUCACUUGGUUACUGUCCCUGUGUCUGUACAAAACACAGCACCUCUCAUAGCUGCAGAACUAGUUCCAGCAACAGUAAAGACUCAUCAAUACCUGGUUAAUCCCAUUUUUGCUCAUGUAUUCAUCAGCAAAUUUACUAUGGUAAAAAAUAAAGCUUUGAGUAGAGGAUUUAACUGAAAACGCUCUGCUGAAAUGUUUCCAGAUUUAAAGUACUGUUCUAUGCAGUUGCCUAAUAAGAACUUUACAUUUCACAUCACAUGAAAACAGAUGAGUUUAAACUUAAGUGUGCUGGGAUAUUGAAUUAGCACAUUAAAAAGAAGAGUCUAUUUUGCACUCAGUACAUUUGAGUUGAAUUAUGUAGUCUGCUUUAUGAGACAAAAUUAUGUAUAUACAUUGUAAAAUAAACUGUCAGGAAACAGAAAUUGGCAACCUUGUAAGAUGAGAGUGAAAAUCUUUAUUUUCUUUUUAAUUGGAAGUCUAAUAUAUAAAGAUUGACAGAAUGCACAGAAUGAACAUUAUAAUGUUCUUGUCUUUCUCUUCAUUUUCUAAAGAGGUGCCAGUUAAUAUAAGCAAGGUUUAGAACUUAGCUUUAAAGACUUGCUCAGGGCUGAAAUUUGUACUGCAACUGGCCCAACCUAUAGCAAAAUUAUUCUUUCUAUUCAGUUUGGAAGUACUUAGGUGUGCUAAGUGAAUUGUGAUAACCUAGGGUUCCAGACCAUUCUGUUAAUCUUCACUGACUGAGAUUGUGCCUUUGUUUAGUUUGAAGAACAAGUUGGUGACAACACUAAUUUAUGAUAUUUUUUGUCUAUCAUAAAAGAUAGCAAUGUUUUCUGAAGAUUGUUGAAUGUAUCUGCUAUUGCAAUUCUUUAACAAUGUAUAAUUAUGCAAGAGUUCUCAUGGACUAUUAAUGAGGGACCAGUAACUUGCAUUAUAUAAAGCUUUACAACUUUUGUUUAGCCAAGGAUACCAAAAAUGAGAAGAUAAUUUAAAUCAUCAGCUGAUUCAAGAUGCAUUACUCAAAGUAUGUUCCAUUGAGAUACAUCCAAGCAACAUAACAAUUGCUACAUUGGUUGUAUUAAUUAAUACAUUUUCAUUUUGAUCAACAUCAAACUUGAGCACCACAGCAAACACAAUUUGGGUUCCCAUAAUUCCAAGUCAUGCAGUUAUAAUUGAAACAAUUCUGGGUAGAUGCCAGCAUAGGGAAGGCUCAUCUAAAUACAUGAUUGACUUGAAGCCUAUAUAGCCAUGUUUAAGAAGUAUACAUAACCCGAACUCAUAUUUGUCUCACAGUUUUCUCUAAAAUAAGAGAUUCAGUGCAUCACUGAAAAUGCUAUUUAAUACUAUGAGAUGUAGUUUCCUCUAAAAGCAUGUGAAUUUUUAACUGAGAAAGUUAGUAGUCAGAGUAUCAGCUCUCAUAUAGCUCUGUUACCCACUGUCAUCCGAAGUUAAACCCAUAUAUCCACUGGAAAGGACUCAGUAAACCAUAAAACUUGUGCCUGGUUUCAUUACUGCUAUAGUAUUCAGCAGUUACGCUUGCACCAGAAGGUUAACUGGCACAUUCUUAAGAAAAGUAUAUACUUGUGACAUAGAACUCUACACUAAACCAUCAAUCCAGGAAAAGUAAAAUUCAUGUAUGUAUGGCCAAACCAUUUUAAACCAUACAGCUGUGUUACUGGAUCAGUUAUCAGAUUUCUCAUUUCCUGUGUAGAUCUAAUUUUUCAAAGACCUCUAAUAUGUUAAUAGUGGAUGUUUUUAAAUGUAUCUUUUCCAUAGAUUUUCCAACAUCUGUUUCCAACUUCGAACUGUAGAAGAAUCACCAGCAUAAAAUAGCUAUUAGAUUUAAAUAGAUUGAACUGUGAUCAGCAGGUUAUAAUUUCAAAAAGUGUGAUUUUCUCUGGGCUCUUAGCUAUUUAUUUUUAUUUAACACUUUUGGUCCUAAAUAUUUUUUUCUUUUCCUCUCCACUCCAAUACCCUGCUCAGCUUUUUAAGGCAAGAACUCAACAUUAAUCUGUACAAGGCCAAUCUGCACUACAAAACUAUGUUGAAGCUAGGUACUGAAUUUAAACUGUUUUAGCCAAUUUUCACUGUUUCCAGUACAUUUCUAGGCAGAGAUUUUGAAAGCUCUUUUGAUUUUGUCAUAUAUCUUAUGUGUUCCAUUUUUAAAAUAUUCAGCUUUUGAAAACUGGGUUUAUCCUAAGUACAAACGAGAUACAGCCUUCGUUAAAUGUUUUUAAGUUAUUUGUUAGUCCUUGUUUAUUUACACUGCUUUAAAAUAUUGUAUUUUAUAAUUGAAUCUUUCAUGAGAAAUAAAGAGUUAUAUUGCCA